AUGGACCCGUGCCCGUUCGUGCGGGUGCUGGUCGGCAACCUCGCCCUCAGAAUGCCGGUCGCGCCGCCCGCCGCCGGCGCCGGCGCCGGCGUCCACCCCUCCACCUCCCCCUGCUACAUCAAGAUCCGCCUCGGCAAGAUGCCCUGCCAGACCGCCGCCGCCCCGCUCGUGCUCUCCGACGCCGCCGAGCAGCCGCCCUCCGGCGCACUCGCCGCGGCCUUCCACCUCUCCAAGGCCGAUUUGGAGUGGUUCGCCCGCAAGCCCUCGCUCUUCUCCCCCUCCCGCGGCGCCGCCACGCUCAAGGUGUCCGUCUACGCCGGCCGCAAGGGCACCACCUGCGGGGUCAGCUCCGGGCGGCUGCUCGGGAAGGCCACCAUCUCGCUGGAUCUCAAGGGCGCCGAGGCCAAGCCCGCGGUGCUGCACAGCGGCUGGAUUUCCGUCGGGAGGCGCGGCGUUGGCGGCAAGGGUGGUGGGUCCGCGGCCGCGGAGCUCAGCCUCACCGUCCGCGCGGAGCCUGAUCCGCGGUUCGUGUUCGAGUUCGACGGCGAGCCGGAGUGCAGCCCGCAGGUGAUGCAGGUCCGGGGCAGCAUGAAGCAGCCCAUGUUCACCUGCAAGUUCGGCUGCCGCACCAACAGCGACCUGCGGAGGUCGGCCGCGCAGACGGAGCAGGAGGCGGCCGGGAAGGAGCGCAAGGGGUGGUCCGUCACGGUGCACGACCUCUCGGGCUCCCCCGUCGCGCUCGCCUCCAUGGUGACGCCCUUCGUGGCCUCGCCGGGGACGGACCGCGUGAGCCGCUCCAACCCGGGCGCAUGGCUCAUCCUCCGCCCCGCGGGCGACGGCGCGUGGGAGCCGUGGGGACGCCUCGAGUGCUGGCGCGAGCGCGGCGGGGCGGGGUCGUCCGACAGCCUCGGCUACCGCUUCGACCUCCUCGUCCCCGGCGUCGACCACGCCGUCCCCAUCGCGGACUCCACCAUCGCCGCGUCAAAGGGCGGCAAGUUCGCGCUCGACCUGACCGCGGCGCAGCCCCUGAGCCGGGGGAGCACCCCGGGCUGCAGCCCGCGCGGCAGCGGAGACUUCAGCCAGUGGCCUCUGGGGAACUACCGCGGGUUCGUGAUGUCAGCCUCGGUCGAAGGCGAGGGCCGGUGCAGCAAGCCCACGGUGGAGGUCGGGGUGGCGCACGUCGGGUGCGCCGAGGACGCGGCGGCGUUCGUGGCGCUGGCGGCGGCCGUGGACCUGAGCAUGGACGCGUGCAGGCUCUUCUCGCACAAGCUCAGGAAGGAGCUCUCGCACCUGCGGUCCGACGUCCUCCGGUGA